CUCUUAGGACUGGUGUAUAAUUUUGUGCCAACUGGAAAAGUUUAUGCCAAAUAACACUUAAGGUGACAUAAGACUAAUUGCUGAUCAUUGGUUCUGAAAUGACUUUUGUGAGAAGCAGAUGUUGUUGUGGUAAACUUGCCCAAGUGGUAGUUCAAACUAUUUUACAAAAAUGAGAUCUUGCUUAUGUCCUUAUGCUUAUAUUUCAUUGAGAUCUGUUAUGGCAUAAUUAACAGCACUAAUCGUAUGGAGCUUUAAAGGGUUUUUUUCCCACAAGGUUGUAAGUUCAUGAGGAAAAAUGGCAAGAUAACCUCAUAAGCAAUACAUCGUGCCCUUUUCCCUCAUUGUGCCUUCUCUAUUUUUCUGGCUGGAGUGACAGAAAAUUCUAGCUCUGUCAAAAUAGCUAAAUAAUCAACUGAAUUUCCAAUCCCUUACUCCCUUGAUGUGAACUUUUGCCUCUCCGGAUGCUGCUAAAUAAUACUGCAGGCUAAACUUGUUCCAUUUCAAGGCAAGUGGAUAAAAUUGGAAAUAAAACUUGCUAAUUUAAAAUCCGAUGAAACAAAACAUUAGGCCUGUCUAAUUCAUAGGCAGAAUUAAAAUGGAAAGGUUUUGUAGUAAAGGAUACCAUUUGACUGCUGUAUGCGUUUUUUUUGUUGUUGCUGCUAUAAUGGUAACUUUAUUGGGAUUAUUAUUACGUACUGUUGUGUGAUUUUUGGGGCAUAGUCUAAUAUACAAAGUGCUGGUUGUUACCUAUAAAGCCCAAAACGGUUCAGGUCCAGGCUAUUUGUCAAAUAGCACCCCCCAUAAAGACCAUCUCGUGCACUUUGGUCAGCCGAAGAGGCCCUGCUCUCUUUCUCAACCCCAUCACAAGUGUGGUUGGUGGGAACAGAGGGGAGGGGGCCUUCUCCAUGAUCGCCUCUCACCUCUGGAACUCCCCCCUGAAGGAAAUAAAAAUGCCCCCUUCCUCUCUUUCAAAAAACAGUUUAAAACAUAUGGAACAUGUAGAGAGGAGGAAGAUUAACUUAACUGUCACCUUAUAUGUGCUAAGGUCCAUGUUGAAUUAAUGCCGGAUACCCUCUGCAGUUUGGUCAUUUUAAUGGGUACGGUUAUACACUGUGUGCAAUAAUGUUCUUACUGGUUUAACUGUUAUUUCAAAAUUUAUUGUUACUAUGUUAAUUUGAAAUUUUAUUGCAUUAAGUAUAUUAUUAUUAUUAUUCAUUUUUUGAAAUUAAGUGAUGUCAUUGUGGCAUUGAAUGUUUGCUGUUUUAUAUACUGUAUAUGUAAACUAGCCUGAGUCCCUCUGGGGAAAGAGGACGGUCUAGAAAUAAAGUUGAUUAUUGUUAUUAUUAUUAUUAUUAUUAUUAUUAUUAUAUAAAAAGCAAGGCAAGGUGUGUAAUGCCUAGUUCUUCCUCAUUGGGACACACAUUGUGUCUUAUAGAGCAUACAGUAUAUAUUAAACCCUGAUCUGAUACACUUCUAUUGUUUUCCUCUAUAAAGCCCAUUAAAUUUAUUAGAACAUAUUUGCUUGCCAUCAGUGAGUAGGUUUUUAAAUCCAGCAGAAGAUUUGGGGUCUGAAAGUUCUGAGCAUUUCUGAAAGACUCAGAUAUAAGGAUCAAGGUGCUUUGGGAACGUCUAUCAGGUUCAUGAAAAAUAGAUAUAUAGAUAGAGAUUAGUGUGUACACUUUGGAAGUGCUUAGGCUAUUACUAAAAGUUCAGUGUAGCUUGGUGAUGAGUAUCAAGGCUAGCCAAAAUUCACGAAUCCUUGAACGUAAACAAGCAUAAGCUGAACUUUUGGAAGUCAAAACCUGGCUUGAAGAUGGCUUGAAAAUAAAAGCCAGUGUAAGUAAAGGGCGAGAUAUUUUUGUGUAAGCAUAUGUAGGACUGGGCUGUUAGGACAGUAGGUCUCCAAAGCCUUGGUUGAAUAGUUUGAGAAAAGGGGACCAUUAAAGUGUUAAAGGAAAAGAUUUCUUGAAAGUCUGAUACUAUGAAGUUUUUGAAAUAUUCCUCCCUGCCAGUUAUUGACAUAAAGUUGUGUACAGAUCACCAUUCCCUUAUCAGUAAAAUUUGAGUCUGGAAAAAAAUAACUACAUGAUGAUGUGUGGAUUUGUUUAAGAGGAAGAAAGUGUCAGUGUUAUCAUACUCUGUUUCUGUGCUAAUGCCAGUACUGUAGUGGAGUAAUACAGUACUUGUGUGUUUUUACUGUUAGAAGUGUAAAGCAACUGCAUGUGAGGAUCUCCAUACUUCAACUUGGCAUCUGUUCUAGGUGAUGGGGUACUUCAUGGUGAAAGUUUUGGAUGUGGAGGUGAGGAAGGAAAAGUUCAAGAAGUUUGAGAAGCUAUAAUGAAAAAAACCUGCAGCUCAAGUCCUAAGCAUAUUCGCCUGGUCAGAGACAAAAUGAAUUAUAUCCUAGUUAAUAUGUUGUCUUUUGAACCCUCAAAAUAUGAUGGGAUUUUUUAUGACAAUCUGUAGUUAUUUAUUUUCAUUUUAACUCGUAGAAACUUUCCAUUUACUGUUUCUGCACCAAAAUUACUAUAUUCAAAUGCAUUCUGUACAGUCCAAAAAUAAAAAAAUCAGUAGGAAAGCAGACAGGUCAGUUAAAAAUGAGAAGCAUUCUCAACUUCCAAGCUACAGUCAGCCCUCCACAUUUGAGAGUUUGACUUUCGCUGAUUUGAUUCAGACAUUUUUUUUUUUAGGAAUCUUUAGGUCUUCCAGUGCAUUUCUAUCAAUUUCCAGUGAAAGUUGAUCAUGGAGUUCAGUAAAAAUUGACCAUAGAGUUGUCCUGGAGAACCUAAAGAUUCCUAGGCAGAUGCUCUCUCAGAAAAAAAAAUGUUAUAUAAAAAAGUUUUUCCAUUUUUGCAGGGAUCCUGUGCAACUAAUUCCAGAGAAUGGGAAGGGCUGACUGUAAUGCAAUCCCAUCCAUGUUUACUUAAAAGUCCUGAGUUUAUUUAGUUAAAAUUAUAACCAGCCUUUUUUUCAGUGAACACAAAGCUGCAUGCAUGACUUUUCACCUCAUUGUUUUCAGAACAGUCCUGUGAGUUAGGUCAGGCUAAGAGAGUAGAACUGUUCAUAAACUAAUGAAGCGUGGGGCAGGGAGGGCCUGGAUCUCCCAAGUCCCCAGCCAUUGGUAUGAACUACUACAACUUAAUUUUACUGAAUAAUGCAUUUCUGCCCUUCAUUUUCAUACAGUAAUGCUAAUGUCUGGUUCUUAAAGGCAACCUGAAAGUAUGUUACUAGGAACAGCCAAAAAAAUUACAUUUAGAACUAGCAGGCUCGAAUGCAGUACAGUGUUCCAUCACUUAUCGCUGGGGUUAGGUUCCAGGACCACCCGCAAUAAGUGAAAAUCCGUGAAGUAGGGACACUAUAUUUCUUUUAAUAUUUAUACAUUAUUUUAGUAGUUAUACACUAUUUUAAGUCUUUAUAAACCAAUUAUGUGUUGAUAAAUCGCCUCCUCCUCCCGUUGCCGCUUGGGCUCCUUUUCUCUCCCUUCAGCUUCUCCUUCCUCCCUUUCUUAGGCUGUACAUUGUAAUUUUUUAUGAUUUAUAAUAGUGUUUUAGAGUUUAUUGAAAAACCGUGAAAUAGCGAAUCCACGAAAAGUGAACCGCAAAGUAGUGAGGGAACACUGUAUUGUAUUUCAGCAAAUUUAGUGCACUGAGAUGUACAAGACUGUAGCCACUGUAUAUCAGAAGACUGGAUUGCAAGAUCCUUUUUUGUAUUAAGAAUUAAUAAUUCUUAAGAUAUUGGUUCUGCAAGAUUUGUGUUGUAAUUGAGAUAAUCUCUUUGAGCUAAGUAGUUAUCAACACUUUGAAUAAGAAACAUAAGAGUAAGAGCGCUGUUGAUAUGAAGAGUAAUCUUCAGAAGAUGAAAUUGAUGGUAUUAGAGUUAUACAUAUGAUCACAUUAUCACUAAGCAUAGUUUGAACUGCCUAACAUAAAAAGAUAUCUCGUAUGUCUGGGAUGAGGCUGUAGUUAUUUGAUUUAAUAGUAUUAAUUCGCUUUCACAGUUGAAAAGUUCAAAUCCUCGUCUUAUUAUUAGGAUGUUGGAAAUGCAUUUAUAUAUGAUUUCUGCUUUUAAAACUGUAGUGUGGGAAAUGUUUCUACAUGGAAAUAUAUAUAUUUUUAGACAGUCAUAAAUAGGUUGUGUCCCAAUUAAAUAAAAGUAGACUGAGGAUAUGAUUGAUCCCAGGUUUCCUGGGUAUAUUUCAUCCCUUAUAUCUAUAUUCCCCACCCAAAAAUUAUAUAUUCACAUUGUGAAUAUAUUGAGGAUAACCAUUUACUUUUUUGGCUGAAUGUAUGACUUCAGUUUAUCAUAUUUUAAAAAUAUAUAAAUUGACCUAUGCUUUGCCUCUGAGAAGAAACCUGAUUCAAGAUAUAAUAUUUGUGUGGUCCUCCAUAUGUUCUUGGAUUACAACUUCCAACAGUCUGGGAAAUGAUGAGGAUUGCCCGAAUUUGCAUUUUUGGAGGGUUAUGCAAUUCCUGCCUGUGUUACACCGGCUUGACAAUAGAUCAAAAUAUUCUAGAAUUCAAAAUAUAGAAAUUGUAUUUUCCAUGAUAUAGUUGUUUCUUCCAUCAAGAUGCAUUUAAAAUUUCCUUUCAUACAAGAGAGAGGAAAAAGUAGCUCUAAAAUAUUAUUAUUAUUACUUCACAAUGUUUAUCAUAUUUAACCAGAUGCUUUUGAAUUGUCAAGACCGAAACUGAUCUGAAAAUCUAAUAAAAAGGUGCCCAAGUUACUAAUAGUGACAUACUAGGCGGCUACAAAAGCCAAGCAUUCUUUUCUCUGUAAAAUGCUGUUUCAUGCCAUGUCAGCAUAACAUAAUGAAUCAGCAGCUCUUAUCUACUGCAAGCAUUCAUCUGCAACAUCUGUCUUCCUGCAUAAAAUGAAAGGUGGUUAAAGUGGGAUUGGAUAGGCAAUGGUCAUUUAAAAGGCCACUGUGACUUAUUUAUUUGCACCUUUACACAUGCAGUUUUCCUUAAUAAAAAAACCCAAUAUUGUCCACGUUUUGGCCAAAGUACAGAGAGGAAAAUAUUUUAGAUUUUAUAGGUUGUUAACUGUUCUGUAGAUACUGCUUAUCAGUAGACACCGGAUAACAACAUUUUCUAGUACUUCAGAAAGAAUUGCAAUUUGAAGUGAUAUUCUUUUUCCUGGACAAUAAUAUAUUACAUACUGUCACAUCCAAACCUCCAGUUGCACUCACAGGCCUUUGGUCACAUAGAAAUAUAAAAACCAACAUACUGUAUAAUCAACUGUUGUGACUAUUCUGGUUUUCCUAAUGUAAUUAGAUUUACUAUUUAGGCUGUGGAAAGGGAAAUACUAUGGAAGAUCUCUUAGAUGCUUAAGAAUGUUCUGAGGAAUCAGUUUUCAGUUGUUUUGUUUGAUUUAACUCCAUGAUUUUCCGUGGGAAGUCUCAACACAGCUAGCCAAAGAAUCUUUGAAGAUUUAUGUUCUGAGUCUAAAGAAUGAAUAUCUACAUGCUCAUUUUUAAAAUGAUUUUUACAUUGCCACUGUAUACCAUAGGAUGACACUGCAUGUUAUCUACACUGUUGGAAGGGCCGGGAACUGAUCUGAUAUUUAUAGAUUUUCAAGGGAUAUCUGUUCAAGAUUUCAGAAAGCUGGCAGUUGAGGGGCUUUAUCCAUUUAGUAUGAAACAAACACUUCUCCUUGAAUUGAUAUUUUGCUUUAAAAAGCAAAAUCAGUAGCUAUGCCAUUUUGUGGUGGUUUGAUUCUGCUUUGCAACGCUAAGAGCUCAGGUUUUGUCUCUUUAAUUACCAUCUUCACUAUUCAUAUCAAACUUGCCAUAAAAAUGAUUAAUACAACAAUAAGAAAACCUUUUGCUCGUUUUGUUUCAAUUGUCAAAACUUUUUUCUGAGGACACAGAGAAUCAACAGUCUAUCAUAAAAAUAUACAUGCUGUGAGACAUUGUAUGGUUAUUUUUAUUCGGUUACUUUGCUGUCAGAUCUUGCAUUUUGGUCUCAAAAACUCCAGUCAUGGAACACUAAUUUGAUUAAUCUUUCUUAGCCUUCUGUUUGAUUUUAUGUGUGUGUUUCUGAGUGUAUGUGCAUACCCAUGUGUACCUCCAAGUCACCUAUCAGUGUAUGGUGACAUGAAUUUCAUAGAGUUUUCUUAUGCAAGAAAUACAGAUGUUUUACCAUUGGCUUCCUCAGUUCUAAUUUUUAUGUGUGCUAUGUGCCUUCAAGCCACAUGCCAAGUUAUUAUGACCUAAUGAAUUCUAUAAGGUUUUUAUAGGCAAAACACACUGAUAGGUGAUGUUUGUCAGUUCUCUUAUCUAAAGUACAGCCAACAGCACUUAAUAUUUGUUGUGUGUGUUGAAUCUGUUGUGUGCGUUUGUAUGUGCAUGUGUGCAUAUGCAUGCCUUCAGGUCACCUGUUGAUUUAUGGUGAUCUCAUGAAUUUCAUAGAGUUUUCUUAAGCAACAAAUGCUCAGAUAGGGGUUCACUAGUUCUUUCAUAUGAAAUAUAACUUAGAACACCUAACAUUUAUUGGUGGUCUCCCAUCUAAUUAUUAAUCAGAACUGAUUUGCUUGGUUUCCAAGGUCAGGCAGGAAUAGGAUCUAUUCAUUGAGUAUACCAUGUUUUAAUCUCCUGUGACCUGUAAAUAUUUUUUUAAAGUGAUAUAAAAAGCCUCCUUAUGAUUUGAAGUUCAUGGAAAACACUUAGGAUAAAGGGCAUUUCUUGUAUAGUAGGCAACCAUUAUCAUGGCAACCAGACAAUGUUUUUCUUGAUGGUGCUGCCCUUUGCUGCCUUUUGAUAUGAUAUCUUAAAGACUUUACAUUGCUGUUUAUGUAGGGGGUUAAAAAGUUUUGUGUUGUGAAAGCCCAAAUGGCAAUAUUUGGUGAAAACCAUAAUUUACAAUGUAGAGGCAUGGUCUGAUAUUUUGAUGUGAAUUUUGUUCUCAUUUGAUUAAUCUGGAGUACAUCUGCUUUACACAGUUAAUAGUUUAAUAACACUUUAAUUGUCAUGGCUCCUCUUUUGUGAGAAUUUUAAAGAACUCCAGUGGUCAUUUCUUAAUUGCUGUAUAUCUUGUAUAUAAGUUUAGGAUUUUGGUCAAUAAAGUGAUUAAAAAUGGGCUGAUUAAGACUGGUCAGUGAGAGAACUGUACUUUAACUCUUAUCAAAAAAGGAGGCAAUGACUCUAUAGUAAACCCCCCUCUGUGUUUCCCCUCUGGAGGCGCACCAAUGGAGAGAACUAGGUUGAAGUACCUGGCCCACAUACAGAGCCAUAAUGAAAAGAGAAGGAAAGAAACUAAAGAUAAAGUCGCAAGAGGAAUUGAAAAUAAAAUUCAAAAACUUGACCUGGCUCCAAUAUUACCAACUAAAAGAGUAUUAUAAUAAAGACAAAAUCCAGGGUUUCAAAGACAAAGUAACAUCAUGGGACGAACUGCUCCCCAAGGGAAAAAAGACAAUUGCAAAGACAUAUAAAAUUCUAUUACAAUGGAGCACAGAAAAGGAACAAAUAAAAGAGUGCAUGACAAAAUGGGCAAGGGAUUUAGGAAGGACCAUUUUAUUAGAAGAAUGGGAAAUAAUAUGGGAAAAUAAGUUAAACUACACAUAUGCCUACGACCUGAAAGAAAAUUGGAUAAAAAUGUUCUACCAGUGACACAUGACUCCGAAAAAGAUAUCGAAAUUAGCUAAAGACCAGAAUAGCAAAUAUUGAAAGUGUGGAAAAUGUGAAAGGUCGUACCUACACAUGUGGUGGACUUGCAAGAAAGUAAAACCCUAUUGGAGAGAGAUACAUGAUAAAUGUCAGAAAAUAUUAAAAACUAAAAUUCCAUUACUACCAGAAUACUUCCUAUUGGGUAUGACCAAUACCCAAUGGGGGAAUAACAAAGACAAAAUAUUUACGUACUUAACGACAGCUGCUAGAAUUGUGUUUGCCAGGCAAUGGAAACAGAAAUCAAUACCAGGAAAGGAGGAAUGGAUAAUGAAAAUACUAGAUAUAAUGAACAUGGAUCAAUUAACCCUUCUACUAUCAAAAAUACUAAACAAACCGAAGACGACAAACUGGAUGCCGGUAAAAGAUUGGAUGAAGAAGGAAAAAAUUAGAAUACUGAUAUAACCCCCAUCAACAGAUUGUGACAAGUCUACAGGAGAUGACAAAAGAAGUUAAGAAGGAAAACAACGGAAGUAAAUACUAAUUGAUAAGGCAACAUUAUAGAGAAGAAUGGAAAUCUAGGAACAACCCCCUGUCUUUCCUUCCCUUUUUCGUCGUCCUGCCCCCUUACCUACCCCACCCCUCCCCCUCCCUUUGCCCUUCCAGCUUUCUCCUUUUCCCUAUGUCCCUUAGUUCACCGAAGGUGGCUUUUUACCUCAUUAUUGUAAAAGUCAAUAAACUUUAAAAAAAAAAAAAAGAAGGCACCCCCUUCUCUAAGUAGAGAAAAGCAAGAGCUCAGUCCCCCAAUUCACUAAUUUUAAUGUUUAUGUUGUAAAUUGUUAUGUCUCCCCAGUGGGAGUAGUAUUAUUUAGUGAUGUAUGAAAAUGUCCCAUAUCCAAAAUAGUGUUGUUCAUAUGUGAAGAAUAGAUUGUGUUCUAAAUAAACUCCAGACCAAAAAGCACAAGCUGUGAUAAAAGUAAAAUACAAGCAUACUAAAUUAAGCAAAACAUACCCCCUUAUUUUGUGGGAUAUGUCCAGAGUGUUCUGGUGUUUUCCCGAUUUCUCCUAAACAGCCCAAUCUGUGACAAUCAGAGCUAAAAAUUACAGUUUGAAGCACUUUGCUAAAAUAACCACAGAUAGCAUGGAAUCUGUAUCAAAUUAGGUGGAGUAAUGGCAAAAAUGAAUAAGUAUAGAGGGAUAACUUUUGCUGAUAGUAGAAAAAAUGAACCCAGGGGACUCAAAUCUUCUAUUUGAGUGCUUGGGGGUUAAACAACAUUUGAAAUUGUAGUAGUCUCUAAAGGAAAAUUAUUUCCAAAGUUGGCAAUAGCAUGUGUCCAGAACUUGUAAUGAUAUGUUUUGCUCUUACUUUUGAUUACAACUCAUAAUGAAUAAUUUUAGGGACCAUCCAUUUGAAUGAGUAUUCAUUCUGUUGCUUAACAGAGCUGUUUAAGGUUCAUGUUACAUUUCUACAGACUCGCUUAGGCAACACAGUUGCACAAUUUGUCCUUCAUCAGCAAAAUUUAUUGAUCUGGGAUGAUGUACAAGGAAGAAAUGGCUCAGCUUGACUAAAAUUCUUGUUUAGCUUCCUCCUGUGCUUGGGCUGCAAAUCUAGCAUGCAAAUAGAUUAUAUGUAAUAGAGGGAAGUGAUAAGAAAAACAUGCUUUUUAAAAUUAUGAUGUUUAAAAGAGCUGAAAUUAAGAAUGUCAAGCAGUGGUUGGAGAGAGGGAGGCACAUAUGUUUGCCACUCCUGGCUUUCAUGUUAACUAGAUAGAUACUAAAAGUUUGACACCUAGUUGUGUGCAAUGAGAUACUAGACAUUAUGGCUCAGUUCAUGGUGUUUCCUUAUCCACACCUAUUUUAAAGCACACACCCCUUGCAGAUUUUAUUAACUAACUCAGAGUUGUACAUAAGCUGCUUAGCUAUUUGUGCACAGAAGUAGAUUUGUACUGCAAUAAGGAAGAAUGUAAAAGAACUGUUUUACUUGACAAAACGCUAUUAGUGCUGUAGAUGAAAUCCCUUUAGAACUUCUUGAAUAUAAAGGCAGCAAAUAUUGAUAUUAGACAAGGUUAUGUAAGGCAAAUAUAGUAUGCAUGAGUGAGGGGUUAUGAAAAUUAAUACAACUUUGGUAAGCAAGUUUAAAGAAACUUGGGAUAUAUAUAUUGUUGUGUUCAAAAUAUUCUAAGAUUUGAAAUAAGCACAUGUGGUGCUGUCCUUUUACUUGAUUUAUUAACAAAGAGAAUAUGCCUCAUACCUGAAUAGAAAAUAUUGUUGCUUUAAAAAGAGAAUUAAAUAAUCAAUUUCAAUUAAUUUAGGGCUUUUUUGUUCUAAAAAACCUGUUGCUUUUAUUUCAAACUUCAAAUGCCAUUGAAUAAAUGCCCAAGAGGAGGCAUUGCAGUUAUUGCCAUGUCCUUUCAAUCAUGGGCAUUCAAGCUGUAAAUAAUUAUUUUAUUUUUAGUAAUUUCUUUUGGACCCAUUCCUUAUAUGUGUAAUAAAUUCAGCAAAAUUAAGUUGAAAGAGGCAAACAUUUCCUCAUGGCUGCUUAAAGAUUAGCUGUUAAUGGCAGUACAGAAAUAUGGUCUUUUCAGUGUUUCAGGGAAAAGAGAGAGAAUUUUCCAGUGCCAGCCAUUUAGGAUAUCUUGAUACUUGCCAUUCAGGUUUGUAUCAUAAAUAGAACAAGCCAAACAGCAUUCCUGAAAUAUUGUAAAAUCUGUAAGCAUCUGGGGUGGUGAUGGGAUAGACCUCACACAGUCUAGAUGUUGAUUCAGCACUUGGGAUUAUGUCCAAACAGUAAAGAGAAGGCAGAGGAAAGGCUGAAACAUGGGUGUCAGUGGUAGUUAAUGACCUCAGUCUGUCAGGAGGUAAAGGCUAUCUGUUGCACCAGUUUAAAUCUAUGAAAAGUACUUAAAGGUGGCCCGCAUAGAUCAUGUUGCAGUAAUGUCGCCCUGUGUUACAAAGAUAUGGAGGGAGGUUAAUAGAGAGAUGGUGCCUGUCCUCUUAAUCUAGUACAGAUGUGGACAGAUUCUUUUGGCAUCAGCGCAGAAGGGCUGAAAAUUCUGUUGCUCAAGCUAGUGAUGGGCAAAAUAGAAAGUAAUACAGAGCUAAUUAGAAGCCUUUUUGACGUUGGAUUUAUGAAGCUUCUGUCAUAGCCAAAAGAAAUUCAAUAUGGAAUUUUAAUAUGUAUCUUCUGUAGUUUAGUACUUCCUUUUUUCAAUUUCUUUAGUGAAUGUCUUGUCAAUAUGAAGAGUUUUGUGUUUGGAAUUUGUGAUGAUUUUUAAAAAGUAAGUAUAUAACAGGCAUCUUUAAGAAUUGGAGAAGUACUUGUAUGGACAGGAGAUUACUUUUCUCCUGAUUUUACGAACAGAACCAGGUCCAUUAGCAAAUGUCCCCUUUCGGACUUCUUCUCUUCUACCUCCCAAACCUGUUGGCUUUCUGAUCUUCUUGUUCCUGCCUCAUUUGUACUAGCUGGUGUCUGUUUAAUUGCUCAUACAACUGAUUGCCCUGUAUGCUCAGGGAAUUCAUACGACGGUUGCUCAUGAGGAAGAUAAAAGUUUAGAGUUGUAUGAUCUUGUUCAGUAAAAUUGUUGCUUAUGUCUAUGUAAUUUAUAUCCUGCUUCUUCAAUUUAAAUUUAUGUUUCUGGGAUAGUUGACAAAGUAACCAAAAAUGAAGUAAAAAUAAAGAUUAUUUUUAAAUAAUUUAAAUAUAAAAAUAGAAAUAAAACACAUGAAUUAACAGAAUAAACUAAAAAAGCACAAAUGAAUCUCAAGGGAACUUAGCAGCCUCAAUAUAUGCCAUGUUCUUUGGUUGGUUAAAAAAACUGGUUAUGAAUAAGUGAUCAGAUCUUACAAUGGAGAGAUGAGUGCAUGGUGUCCCAAGGAAUCCUUAUUGGAAACAAUGUUUGUUCAUAAAUAAUCUGGAGUUGGGAGUGAGUAGAGAAUUUUUUUUGGUGACAGUAAAUUAUUUAUAGUAAUAGUAACAAAAACGGAGUGUGAAGAGCUCCAAAUGCGCCAACAAACUGGGAGACUGGGCAAGAAAAUAACAAAUUUGGUAGAGUCAAGUGUAAAAUGAUGCCUGUUGAACUAAAUUAAAUAUCUUGUUGGUCAAGAACAUUACUUUAGGAUUGUGGCUUGAGCUCCAUAAAGAUGGCAGCUCAAUGUGCAGUUGCUACAAAAGAAAGCAAAUUAAUUGUUGACAUAAUUGGAAAGAGAAUGAAAAAGAAAUAUGCUAUUACCAAUCUGUUUUUUUUUUUAAAUCAAUGGGUCUUGAAUCUUGUGUAUAAUUCUAGUUACUGGAUCCAAAAAGUAUAUUUUAGAGCAGAUUGUAGAAAAGGGCAUGGUUGAUCAAGGGACUGAAGUAACUUCUUUGUGAAAAAAUGUUGUUGAUUUUUAACUAUAGAAAAAAAUAAAGGGAGGCAUGAUGAAGAUUUAUAGAGUUAUACAUAAUGUGAAAAAAGAGAAAAAUGUCUCCCUUUGUCGUAAUAUACAGCAUCCACUGAGUGUGUGGGAUGCUGGAAUAUGUAGCUUUGUGAUUUAUGUAGAAUAUCUGCAUCGUUAAAUACCACUCCCAGGCUCCAUGGAAUGAUGCUAUGGCAAUUAAUGUGCUGUAACCGUGUUGUGUGAAAUUGCUCCUGAUUUGGUAAGGGUCCCCAGAACCACUGUGGAUACAGCAGACCCACUGUACUGUUAAUAAAAGAAUCUGUUUCACCUGAAACCCAGGCAAGACAAAUGGAAAGCAUGGGCUUUGCGGCCCUACCAGGGAUGCAAGCUUCACCCCAUGAUAGUGCUUUUUAAUCCCCUUUCUACUAUUUUGUGCUAACUGUUCUAGCUGUCCAUCUGUUGCAGCACAAAAACAAACACCCUGGACCAGCACAUGUUAAUGUAGAAACCUUCAUGAGGUAGACUCCUUUCCAUAUGAGUUUAAGCCAUAGUAAUUUUCCUAUUUUUUAAGGUACCAUAAGACUUUCUUUGAUUUUAUUAAGCAUUUUGAAACUUGUCUCUUGCAUUUAUGUCAGGUGUGACGGCUGGAAGCAUGUUUCCCUCUGAGAUCUUCAUCAACUGUUGUGAUACAGAAUGCCUUUAAGCGAAAAGAACAGUGUUGUUUUUGCUUUUGAAUCAUCAGUACACAGUUCCAAUGUCUUGCUGAGCCUUGACGAACAGAGAAAACAAGAUCUGCUUUGCGAUGUUACCAUCUUAGUGGAAGAUCAACGCUUUCGGGCCCAUCGCUCUGUUCUUGCAGCCUGCAGUGUCUAUUUUCGUUCAAGAAUUGUGGUUCAGUCGGAGCCAGUUCUUGUCAUUACUUUACCUGAAGAAAUCACACUGAAGGGAUUUGACCCUUUGCUUCAGUUUGCAUAUACUUCUAAACUUAUUUUGGACAAAGACAAUGUGGCUGAAGUAUGCAAGUGUGCAGAGUUCUUGGGAAUACAUGACAUUGAAGAAUCUUGCUUUCAGUUUCUCAAAUUCAAGUUUCUGGACAAUAAACCAGAUCGACUGGAAUACCAAAAAAGGAAAUGUUGUAAACAGCGUUGUCAGGAGUACUGUAAAACAGGUGCAGCAGAUUAUGGGGAUUUAGAAAUAGAUGAUGGAAAUACUUUGCAAAAUGAAUGCAUUCAGGACUCUCAGUUGAAGGCUUCCAAAACUGAACAAAUUGCAGAAGUGCCUCUUCUGCAAGAUAAUGUUAAUCAAACAUGUGAAUCUAUAUCAGAAAGGGGACUUGUUUUUGGUUUAGAGACCCAAUGCCCCAAAUAUAGGAAGUUUCAAAAAGCUUUAGGAACUGAUAAAGCCCCAGUUGUUGAGUCCAGUUCAAAUAUUAAAGAAAUUCAGGUAACAUCUGCUGCAGGUAUUCAUCAGACUGAUGCAAUUGCAGGUGGUGCUAUACAAAAACCCCUUGAAUGUGUAGCUGUGCAUCCAAAUUCAAAAUGUGCCAAUGCUCAGGUAAAAAUGGAAGAUGAUGGGAAAGAAGAGUUAUUGAAAGAAACAGUCCCUGUAUUUCAAAGCAUUGGCUCUACUUCAGAGAAAAUGGAUUGUGCUUUUGAUCCCCAUAAUUCUUCCACUGCCACUCAUGGAGCAUGUCCAGCUUCUUUUUUAAAUCCAUAUGAUCAAUAUUGUAUGCAGGGAGGCAUGCAGAGCAGCAGUUCAGAGGUAGCAGAAAAAAAUGGAAUUGUCCCCAGCAAUUUUGGGGAUUGCCAACCUGUUGGUGAAAGCAUUGAUGAGAGCUCACCUUUGAAAUCUCAAUUGUGUGAUAGAGAAAACAUGAAUAGUGCUUCACCUAACAACCGCAGCAGUGUGGAGAGGGAGAUAGCUGAACAACUAGCAAAAGGAUUUUGGAGUGAUGUUUACAGCACAGAUGCAGCCUGCCCAGUAAACCUUUCUCCUGCCUCCGUGAAAGAAUUUUCAGAGCAAGUCUGUUCUGAAAAGAAAACUGAGUGUCCUUGGUUAGGCAUCCAGAUCAGCGAUAGCCCUGAGCAUGGUCCUCCAAGAACUUUUGCAACUUUGAGCUCUGUCACUUGUCCUUUCAUCAGUAACCUCAGUAAUGAAAACAGUACUGAGACUAAUAGUGGUGAUUGUGUUUCGGAACCACAACCUGAACAAUGCCCUUAUCCCUGUGUGAUAAACUUGGAAGAAGACUCUGAAAGUGAUACUGAGGGCGAUAGUGAAUCCUGUUCUGCCAGAGAACAAGAAUGUGAGAUAAAGCUGCCAAUGAAUCCACAGAAGAUAAUUUCACUGUCUAGAAAUGACUUUCAGUCAUUUCUGAAAAUGCACAAGUUGACACCAGAAGAGCUGGAUUGUAUCCAUGAUAUUAGAAGACGGAGUAAAAAUAGAAUUGCAGCACAGCGCUGUCGUAAGCGAAAGUUAGAUUGCAUUCAAAACCUUGAAUCUGAAAUAGAGAAACUGCAAAAUGAAAAAGAGAACUUGCUGAAGGAGAACAAGCACAUCUUGUCGACGCUUGUGGAAACAAAGCAGAAUCUGACAGGACUUUGUAAACAAGUAUGCAGUGAAGCAGCCCUGAGCCCCGAGCAAAUACAGGUUCUUGCAAAAUAUUCUUCCUUGGAUUGCCCACUUUCAUUUUUUAUCCCAGAGAGGAAACAAACAGAGCCUUCUGAUACCAUGCCUGCGGUGCCACUGUGUGUUGAAUUAUCUGCUGGUCUCUCUGUUGCGUCUCCUAAUGAGCAGAGUUCCAGUUAUCAGCAUGUAAAAGGAGUGUCCGAUGCAGGAUAUGAUCAAGCGCAAGAAUUAUGUCCACUUCCAGUAAGGAUAGCUGACAAAACCUUGUGUUUAGAACAGUGUGUGCAAAGUAGUAGUGGUAUAACAGAUUUUUGUCAACAGAUGACUGACAAAUGCACUACAGAUGAAUAAUCUUUUUGUCCAACUCAACCUAGCAGGAUUGAAGCACUGGCCAUUAAGUAGAAAGGUAGACUUUUCCAUAUAGCUAUAUUAAUUUGUUUUUAAUUAUGCAUCCCCUUUCACAUCUAAAUGUACCUACUUUAUUUUAAGGAGAUAUAUCAAAAUCCAUAUUGCGGUAAUACUUUUAUUAGGCCAAAAUGCUAUCUUAGUUUUACAACAUGCCUUAUCAGAAGCAAAAGGGAAUUCCUGAAGUUUUAGAUACUUUCACCUGCCAAUGCAUUAAAUAAACCUUUCACAUAUUUAAUUCUCUUAGAACUCUUGAGUUCAGUGUGUAAAAACAAAGAAAUAUGGUAAAAACUCGGAUUUUGGAAAUGUGAGGUCAUCGCAGUUGUGGAGUUCUAUUUCCAGAAGGUACCAAAUCCAUCUGAACUAAUUUUACAGGAAUUGAAAAAAUCAUGCUGAGGAUAUGCAUUCUUUUGCUAUAAAAUGCAAUUUUUCAAACUAGGUACCAAAGUGAUUUGAUACUUUUUGAUAGUUUUGAUCUGAACAUAAUCAUCUACUCCUAGCCAACAGUGUGCUGCCAUCUAUAACUCAUUAUUCAAUUUUUAUGGUUUUGGUAUCUUUUGGAAACAAGCUCCACAUUUGAGACCAUGCCAAUUCUUAACAGAUUUAUACCUUUCCAUUUCCAUAAUCAUGGAAAUGUGUACUUCCUGCUUCAAAUUUUAUAGACAGUUGUCAUACAGAGAAUUAAACUAAGUAAGUGUUUUUGAAGGUUCUCAAUUUUUACCAUUGAUAGUGGGACCAGUUCACCUAUAUUUGAAAACUGUUAUUUCAGAUUGAAACCUUUAUGAGUAAAUCUGUUUGUACUCAGUUUUCAAUGGGUUGUACUUCUUUUUUUCUUUUCUUUUUUUAGAAAUGAGCCACUUUGAUUUUUCAACAACUUUAGCUAUUAAAAUAAGCAAAUAGAUCAUUUUACUGUUGACUGCUCUGCAUUGUAGUAAUUACAGAAAAUCCAUACUAACAACUGUUCUUAACAACAGAAGCUUUAUCUACUGAACCUCAAAACACUUAUGCUGGUUUACAGACUGUAAAAGCCAAUGGAAUUCUUCACUUCCUACCUCAGUACAGACAUCAGUUUUAUAUCUGUGUUUGGAAUAUGAUCUUCUUUCUGUAAUUGUUUACUUUGCAGAAGUUUAGAAUAGUGAAUCUCCUAUCUCCUCUAAAAUGCAAAAAUACUGAUUUAGUUAAAAAUGAUUACGUUUCUAUAAAAAUAAACUUACAUUUAGAAAAUGUAAUGUAAACAUACAUGACAAACAAACACAUCUUCUGAACAGUACUUUUAAUAACCAGCACGUAUUACAAAAACCUACACUACCUCAUAGAGUGAUUUCAAAAUCAUUCACAAAUUAGCAUUAAGAAUUUACAGUGUACAGACCUUUGACUUCAUUGUGGAAGUUCCUUUCUAAGUUCAUUUUGUUUCUUCUACUUAUGUUCAUUUUUGUGAUAAUUUGGGGAAUGAUUCUUAAUACAGAUUUUGGUGACUUUUUUCUUUUUCUUUUCUUCUUUUUCCUUGUUUGGUGUUGUGUGCAUUUAGCAAGGACACAUACCAUUUUUUCUUCUAGGAAUUAGUACUUUUACUUCCUAUUUCUCCACCCUGUUCUUUUUGGACAAAUCAGUUUGCAGUGCCAAUUUAUUCAUCAGCAUCUGAAGGGCCACAGUUUCUCUACUCCUUUUCUGUAUCCUGAGUUUACUUUUUAUUUUGAAAGGUUGCAAUAUUGACAUAAUUGCUUAUGAAAAUCAUAGGUAUCAACACUGUGCAUUCUGAACUAUGUCUCCAGAAACUGGAUUUUCUGCCUAUGACAUGGGUGGGAGACAUUUGGUUCUCCAGAUGUUAUAGAAUGUAUCUCCCAUCCUUCUUCAUUGGCUGCUUUUAUUAGGGCUGAUGGGAGUUGCACUUCAACAAUAUCUGGAUGGCCAUGCAUUUGCCACCUCAUAUCUGUGGACUGGCUAGUGCUGAAGCUGAAAGGAACAGUAUUGAUUCAGUUUUUUGUUUCACAAAAUUAAACAAUAACACACAAGGAAGACUGGAUCACUGCCCAGGAAAAUAAUAAAAAGGAACCUUUCUUAAUAAAUAUAUUGCAUCUGAAUUGGAAUCCUCAUUUCAAUUCAAAUUCUUAUAGGAAUUGUUAAAUAUGCCUAGUUUCUAGAUUUGAUUGUGGGCAGUAGAAAUGAGGGUGGGGGGAAUUGAGGUGGCUUAGAUGCGUUCAGCUACCCCUUGGGAAGUUUGUACAGUGAUAUUUCAGAUUGCAUGUAAACACCGAAAAGAUAUAUUACCCGCUUGCAGAUAUUAAGAAUGGACAUUCAUGAAAAUUUUAAUAUACAAGAAUCUCAGGUAAAACUUCUGUUUUUCAAUUUCAACUAACAACAUUUGGUUUUGAGCAUAGACAAUAUUUGCAUCAAGGCAUGUAAAAGUUUUAUGUAUUUUAAACAGAACAUUAGAAGUCGUAACAUUAAAGCAGCAUAAAGAUUGUAAAAAAGAAAAAGACUCCCCUGCAUUAUUUACAAUUGAUUUUAUAUCUUUCAUAGUCCGGUGUUUUCUAAUGCAAUAAAAACCACUAUUCUUUCUUUUUUGUAAAAGUUUGGCAUUGUACAAUUGAUGCAUACCAUUUGAUUCAUUUAGUACUACUAAAGCUGAACUCUGGAAAUAACAUUAUUUAUACAGUUUAUAUAAUAUAUUAAAACAGCAAAUAUUACUGAAUUGGAAUAAAACUUCUAAAAGUA